CCAUUUGGAAGCAAAGCAAAUCCAAAUGAAGGCUCUAAAACGACGCCGCUUCAGCAUUUUAUUUGACCUUUUUUCAAUAAUUUGUGUAUUCCAUAAAGAAGUGAACUUCCUUCUUCUUCACAAUCGCCACUCUGCUCCGUUCGACCACCAAAACCUCCCAUUAAUGGCGUUAAUACGAUCAAAACUCCAUCUUUCUCGAACCCUUUCCUUCAUCAAACCCAUUUUACCAAAACCCUUCUCCACCUCCGCAACUUCUCUACUCCAUGACCACGAAACCGACGAAUCCGCCGCCGCCGCCGACGUCUCUAUCCUUAUCACACCUUCGUUAACUCCAGAAGACACACAAACAGUAGAAAAGUUACACUCAAUCAUCAAAGAUCACUACCGCAAAAACCCUACAAACUCCAACGACGACGCCGUCUUAAACCCUAGCUUAACCCUCCCAUCACUCUCCCUCGAUUUCUCCCAAAUCGAAGCUUCUCGAAUCACUCCUUCCGUCGUUCGAUGCGUCAUAGAGAAGUGCGGCGGUGUCCGCCACGGAAUCCCUUUUCACCAGUCUCUAGCUUUCUUCAAUUACGCAACUUCACGAGACGAAUACGACCACGAGUCGCCUCAUCAUCCUUACAACGAAAUGAUCGAUCUUUCCGGUAAGGUUAGACAAUUCGACUUAGCUUGGCACUUGAUUGAUCUAAUGAAAUCAAGAAACGUUCAGAUUUCGAUUGAGACCUUCACGAUUUUGAUUAGACGUUACGUUAGAGCUGGAUUAGCUUCAGAGGCUGUGCAUUGCUUUAACCGUAUGGAAGAUUACGGUUGCGUUCCUGAUAAAAUCGCGUUUUCGAUUGUUAUUAGUAACCUUUCUAGGAAGAGGAGAGCUAGUGAAGCUCAGUGUUUUUUCGAUAGCUUGAAAGAUAGGUUUGAGCCUGAUGUUAUAGUUUACACAAACUUGGUUCGUGGUUGGUGUAGAGCUGGUGAAAUCUCUGAGGCAGAGAGAGUGUUCAAGGAGAUGAAGUUGGCUGGGAUUGAACCUAAUGUGUAUACUUACAGUAUUGUGAUCGAUGCCUUGUGUAGAUGCGGCCAGAUCAGCCGUGCUCAUGAUGUUUUCGCGGAUAUGUUGGAUUCGGGUUGUGCUCCGAAUGCUAUUACUUUCAAUAACUUGAUGAGGGUUCAUGUCAAAGCAGGGAGAACAGAGAAGGUUCUGCAGGUUUAUAACCAGAUGAAGAAGCUAGGAUGUGAGCCUGAUACUAUUACUUAUAAUUUUCUGAUUGAGACGCAUUGCAGAGACGAGAAUCUUGAAAACGCGGUCAAGGUUUUGAACACGAUGAUCAAGAAGAAGUGCGAUGUGAAUGCUUCGACUUUCAAUACGAUAUUUAGGUACAUCGAGAAGAAGAGAGAUGUGAAUGGUGCACAUAGGAUGUAUUCGAAGAUGAUGGAAGCUAAAUGUGAGCCGAAUACGGUGACUUAUAAUAUACUGAUGAGGAUGUUUGCCGGGUCGAAGUCUACUGAUAUGGUUUUGAAGAUGAAGAAAGAGAUGGAUGAUAAAGAAGUUGAGCCGAAUGUGAAUACUUAUAGGCUUUUGGUUACAAUGUUUUGUGGGAUGGGACAUUGGAAUAAUGCUUAUAAGCUGUUUAAAGAAAUGGUUGAUGUCAAGUGUUUGACACCGAGCUUGUCUUUAUAUGAGAUGGUUCUUUCACAGUUAAGAAAAGCUGGGCAGUUGAAGAAGCAUGAAGAGUUAGUGGAGAAGAUGAUUCAGAAGGGACUCGUCGCUCGGCCAUUGUAGGAACCUUCCCAAGCAUCAAAGAAGACGCUUUUUUUCUUUUUCACAGUCAUUUUUUAAGGAUGUUUUUAAAGCUAUUUUAUUGUCGAUCAGAUUGUAACUUCAUUUUGAGCACAACACUGAAUAAACUUGCGUCUAGAAGUAUUAUUGUACCAUGUACUCUCUUUUUUUCUUUCUUGAUUUAUACUAUGUUCUUCUUUUA